AUGGUUGGAAGUGAUAGAAAGGAAUGGUCGGAUAAGCUUGAUGAUGCAUUAUGGGCGUUUAGAACAGCUUUUAAAACACCUAUUGGUACUACACCAUAUAGGUUGGUUUAUGGGAAGAGUUGCUACUUGCCAGUUGAGAUAGAGCAUAAAGCAUUUUGGGCUUUAAAGAUAUGUAAUUUUGAGUUAAAUGAACUACGUGCCAACCGGUUGAUACAAAUGAAUGCUCUCGAAGAACUUAGAAACGAAGCCUACAUAAGUUCUUUGAUUUAUAAAGACAAAACUAAGAAGUGGCAUGAUAUGAGGCUUAAAGGUAAUAAAGAGUUUCAUGAAGGACAAAGAGUGCUACUUUUCAACUCAAGGUUGAAACUGUUUCCCGGAAAAUUGCAAACAAGGUGGGACGGGCCAUUUGUUGUCAAACAAGUUUUCCCACAUGGAGCUAUCGGGCUUAUUUCAAGAGACGGGAUCUAUUUCAAGGUUAAUGGGCAUCGAGUGAAGCAUUACGAGGACGGAAUGCCAAGUGAAGAAAGGGAGGGUGAAAUCUUCAAGUUCACACGAGCAGAAACAACGUAG